AUGGAUCCAAAGUUUUAUUAUACAGUUAGGACCAAUGACAUAGCCACAUUUUCAAGCCUAGUUAAUGAGAAUAAAGAAAUUCUUCAUCAGAGAACUGCUGAUUCCUUGAGCACUCCAUUACAUCUUGCUUCCAGGUACGGGUGCACUGAAAUAGUAUCUGAUAUUGUGAGAUUGUGCCCUGUCAUGGUUUCUGCUGAGAAUAAAAUCCUGGAGACACCAAUUCAUGAGGUCUUGAAGUUGCUCUUACAUACCAACUCCGCAGCUGUUUGUAAGAUUAAUCUGAAUGGUAAAAACGCUUGUUUUCUAGCUUGCAGCCAUGGCCAUGUUGACAUGGUUAAUCUCCUGCUCAAUCUAUCUGAGAUGGUGGGGCCAGAGGCAGCAGGGUUUGAUCAAUCUUGUAUCCAUAUUGCUGCAUCAAGAGGGCACAUAGAUGUCGUCAGAGAAUUGUUGAAUGUGUGGCCAGAACUUGUUGAAGUAAUUGAUGAUGAUGGGAACUCACCAUUGCAUCAUGCUUGUGAUAGGGGACACAAAGAGAUUGCAUUCAUCCCACUCAAACGUGAUUCAAAUCUUCUCUUACAAUACAACAACAAUGGCUAUACGCCAUUGCACCUAGCAGUAAUGAACGGGAAAGUCUCAAUCCUUCAAGAUUUUGUGUCAAGCAUUGUUGCAUCACUUAACCGUCUCACUAGAGCGGAAGAGACAAUAUUUCAUUUAGCUGUGAGAUAUGGAUCGCAAGAUGCUUUGGAAUUCUUGGUGGAUGUAUCCAAUGGGACCAAUCUAUUGCACUGUCAAGAUCGUUAUGGCAACACUGUCUUACAUCUUGCGGUUAUUGGCAAACGCUAUAAGAUGGCAGAGUUCUUGAUCAACAAGACAAAGGUGGAUAUUAAUGCUCGGAACUAUGAAGGGAUCUCAGCACUUGACGUCCUAGUUCAGGCUAAGGACAGUGCAGAAAAUAGGCACUUACUAGUCACUUUAAUCAGAGCUGGUGGCGGAAGAAGCAUCCAAUCUUCCCCUUUUUCACGGGAAACAGAGAAGACCAGUUCUGUGUCUCCUGUAGCAUCUACUAUUUCUAUGUCAUGGAGGUGUACACCUAAUCCAGUGGAAUUGUCAAAUCAAAAUGAAAUGGUUACUUAUUAUGAUUGUGCAAGUCCAUCACAAGCUGGUAGAAGCACCAAAUCUAGAUCACCUUCCCAGCCUCAAGUGAGUGAGAUAUUUGAGAAUGGAAACGAUAAACCAUAUUACAUCUCCCCAACAAAUUCAGGGAAACAGAAGAAGCAUCAGAACAAAAGAAAAGUGGAAAAUCCAAGUCAAUUUUAUUAUACUCAGAGCAACAGGAGUAAGCUCUAUGAGAUGCACAAAGAGGCAAUACUAAAUGCCAGGAAUACGAUUACAAUAGUUGCUGUUUUGAUUGCUACUGUAACUUUUGCUGCUGGCAUUAGUCCCCCUGGUGGUGUGUACCAAGAAGGACCAAUGAGAGGCAAGUCAAUGGUGGGCAAAACAACAGCCUUCAAGGUCUUUGCAGUAAGCAACAACAUAGCACUAUUCACCUCUAUAUGUAUAGUCAUUGUGCUUGUUAGUAUCAUUCCAUUUAGAAUAAAAGCACACACAAGACUAUUGGCAAUCACUCACAAGGUAAUGUGGGUGUCUGUGGCUUUUAUGGCAACUGGUUAUGUUGCAGCCAUAUGGGUGAUCUUGCCACAUAGUCCAGAUAUGCAAUGGCUAUCUGUUGUGCUAAUAGCCCUAGGUGGUGGCUCUCUGGGCACAGUCUUCAUUGGUCUCAGUGUGAUGCUGGUUGAGCACUGGCUGAGAAAAUCAAAGUGGAAAAAGAUUAGGAAGGAAGGUGUGGAUGUAGCUGCAGACUACGAAAAGGAAAGUGAAAAUUCAGAUAUUGAGAGCUCUUAUUCAAAGGGUUACCAUUCAUACUGA